AGAAAAUGCAAUUGCAUGGCGUUGAUGGUCGUUGUUGUUGGAAGUUGGCAACCGAAUGCAGAUCAGAUCAGGGCCAAAAUGGAUGUGGAGAGAGCUUCGCUGUGCAAUCUCGUCGUCAACUUCCUCUUAGAGGAAAACUACAUCCUCACAGCGUUCGAGCUCCUCCACGAGCUUCUCGAUAAUGGUCGCAACAAUCAAGCCAUUCGCCUCCAGCAAUAUUUCUCAGAUCCCUCUCUCUUCCCUCCCAAUCAAAUCUCUCGCUUUAAUUCUCUCCCAUUGGCGGAUCCUCAAACUUUGCUCCAGCAAAAAGAAGCUGCUGAAGAAAAGCUAGCCGUUACUGAUUACGAGCUACGUUUGGCGCGAGAAGAUAUUGUCAAACUCAAAUCUGAAUUGCAAACCAAAGUAGAAUGCCUUAAUCAACUAUACGCCAAGUCAAGUGGAGAUGCUUCGGUCAAUAAUGAGCUACAAAUUCAACAACGAAAUGGGGAUAUUUCAUUCACUUAUUUGGGCCCACUGAGGGAUAGUGAGCGUCGAGAUCUUAAUUGUGCUGUGAAGGAAUAUUUGCUUAUAGCCGGCUACCGUCUUACUGCUAUGACAUUUUAUGAAGAGGUUACAGACCAAAACUUGGACAUUUGGCAGAAUACACAUGCAUUAAUACCAGAUGCCUUGCGUCAUUAUUAUUAUCAGUAUCUUUUAUCUACUUCAGAGGCUGCUGAGGAAAAAAUAGCCCAAGUUCUAGAAAAUGAAACAUUACUGAAAGCAAAUCAGAGGCUAAGUCAAGAAAAGGAGAGCUUGUUGAAGGGCAAAGAUUUGAGUGAUGGUCAAAUAGGAGCAUUAACUAAAUCCUUGGAGACACUACAAGGAGAUCUUAAACACAAAGAAGACCUGGUGCUAGUUUUAAAUAAGUCUUUGGAGAAUCAAAGAGAGGAGCUCCACGCUAGCAGAGUUGAGACCAGUAAACUGAAAAUGCAUAUUGAAGGGUCUGGUUCUGGGAAGAAUCUGGUUGUUAGUGAUGUUGAUAAUUUCCAACCUGAGUCUAUAGAUAAGUACAAGGAAGAAAUUAAGAAAUUGCAGAUGGAAAUUGAAGGGUUGAAGGAAAAGAACAAAGGACCUCCUGAAAAUGGAAUAUUUGUCCCUGAAAAUGAAAUUAUGCAGACAGAAGACAAAGUGAUUGAGAUUCACGAGGACCAAGGUGCAAUAUCUCAUCCUGUUGAGGUGGCAUUGGAUGUUGUACAAGAUGAAGAUGCUCAUUCACCGGUUGUUCAAACUCUUAACUACUAUGCUGAUAAACACAAAGAUUCACAACAUACAUUAUUUGAUCCUGCAAAUGCAAAUAGUGCUUUUGAAAGUAUUGAAAAUGUCUCUGCACAUGAUGGUGGCAAGCAAGAACAGGAUAGCAGGUGUGCUAAAUCAGGCAAUGUGGAUGAUGAAGCAAUAUCUGAGAAGAAAGGGUUAGGAACCAUUCAGAUACUUGCAGACGCUUUGCCUAAAAUUGUUCCUUAUGUCUUGAUCAACCAUCGUGAGGAACUCCUUCCUGUAAUUAUGUGUGCAAUUGAGCACCACCCAGAUAGCACGACUCGGGAUUCUUUGACCCACACAUUAUUUAACUUAAUCAAGCGUCCUGAUGAACAACAGAGACGGAUAAUAAUGGAUGCAUGUGUCAGCCUUUCAAAGAAUGUUGGAGAAAUGAGAACAGAAACAGAAUUACUUACUCAAUGUUGGGAACAAAUAAAUCACAUGUACGAGGAGCGUAGACUGCUUGUCGCUCAGUCAUGUGGAGAGCUUGCAGAAUUUGUACGACCUGAGAUUCGCGAUUCUCUUAUUUUAUCUAUUGUACAGCAACUGAUAGAAGAUUCUGCCACUAUUGUUCGAGAGGCUGCAGCUCAUAAUUUGGCUAAGCUGCUUCCGCUCUUCCCAAACAUGGAUAAAUAUUUCAAGGUGGAGGAGUUGAUGUUCCAAUUGAUUUGUGAUCCCUCAGGAGUGGUGGUGGAAACUACUUUGAAGGAAUUGCUUCCAGCAGUUAUAAAAUGGGGAAACAAAUUGGACCACGUUUUGAGAGUUCUAAUAUCUCAUAUUUUGAGCUCUGCUCAGCAUUGUCCCUCUCUUUCUGUAGUUGAUGGAUGUGUAGAAUCGCAUCUACAUGAAUUGGGGGAAAGAGAGCGUUGGAAUAUAGAUGUUCUGUUGAGAACGCUGGUGGAAUUGCUUUCUUUGGUGCACCAGAGAGCAAUUGAAACAUGUCCAUUGUUCACUUCAGAAACUACACAGUUUGUGUUAGAUACCACAUUGCUUGAAUUGUAUGCAAGGGAAAAUGUUGAGUGGGAUGCAUUUGAAUGGAUGCAUGUUGAGUGCUUUCCUAAAUUGAUACAGCUGGCUUGCUUGUUACCAUGGAAAGAAGAUAAUUUACGUAGUCGAAUUUCAAAGUUUCUGUUAUCUGUUUCUGAAAGGUUUGGGGAUCCCUAUGUGACAUGCAUAAUGCUACCUGUAUUUUUAACAGCAGUUGGGGAUGAUGCCGAUUUGACAUUUUUUCCUAGUGCUAUUCGUUCGAGAAUUGAAGGUUUGAGACCAAGAUCUGAGAUUUCUGAGAGGCUCUGUACAUUGUGUGUCCUACCACUUCUGUUGGCUGGUCUUUUGGGUGCUCCUGGAAAACGUGAACAAUUCGCAGAGUACUUAAGGAAGCUGCUCCUAAAAGACAAUUUCAAGGAGAAUGCAUCAACCAAGAACACUCCUGAGAUAAUUAACGCUAUCCGCUUCAUUUGCAUAUACGAAGAAAACCAUGGCAUGAUAUUUGAAAUACUAUGGGAAAUGGUUGUUAGCACUAACGUGAACAUAAAAAUAAAUGCUGCGAAACUUCUGAAAGCUAUUGUGCCGUACAUUGAUGCAAAAGUUGCUUCAGCUCAUGCUUUGCCUGCCCUAGUUACUCUUGGAUCUGACCAAAACCUCAAUGUGAAGUGUGCCAGCAUUGAUGCAUUUGGUGCUGUGGCUCAACACUUCAAAAAUGAGAUGAUAGUUGACAAGAUACGUGUUCAAAUGGGUGCUUUUCUUGAAGAUGGAUCCCAUGAAACUACUAUUGCUGUCAUUCAUGCACUGGUGGUUGCAAUACCGCAUACAACAGAGCAGCUUAGAGAUUAUCUUUUGUCCAAGAUUUCUCAACUUACAGCUGUGACAACUGCUGCUUCAAGUGACGUGAUGCGUCGGCAAGAAAGAGCCAAUGCAUUUUGUGAGGCAAUCCGAGCCCUGGAUGCUACAGAUCUUCCUGCAAAUAGUAUACAGGACUUCCUCCUGCCUGCUAUUCAGAAUCUUUUAAAAGACUCGGAUGCGCUCGAUCCAGCACACAGGGAAGCUCUUGAAAUUAUUAUGAAGGAAAGAUCAGGAUCAAGUUUUAGUAGAACAAGUAGUACUAAGGUGAUGGGUCUGAGCAACUUCUUUGGUGAGCGUGGAAAGAAAGACAGCACAGAAGCACCAUCAGAGAGAGUUGUGUCCCCAAGGGCUGCUACAUCACAAGUUCCAGCAGAGGACACUAGAUUCCGGCGCAUCAUGCUAGGACAUUUUGGCGAGAUACUUCGGGGCAAGGGAAAAUCCCAAGAGGAACCUCACAGCCGUUAAGAUGCAUUUUCUGCCUUGUAAUUCAUCCAAAUUAUACAAGAAAAGUUUUGUUUAGAAAACUUUCAAUCCUUUUACAACGAUUUUUAACAGAUGAAAAUAUUGACAUGAGGUACAUUGUAGGUCAAAAUUUAGGUAUCUACAAUCAAAGCAUAACAGAUGAUUUUAUAUUUUGACAUACAUCCAGAAUUACUUCAUCACUUAUCUUCUUCUC